AUCCCCUCGUGCCCGCCCUUUAUCCACCACCGCAAUGAGUUUUUAUAUUGAACCUCCGUUCUUUAUGAUGUUUGAAUGAUCUUCAUUCGUGGGAACUCGUGGUAUCUGGGAUGAACGGCUGAUCGGUCUUUACCGUUAUCUCCACAGUUUUUCCACUCAUUUAGCUCUUUUUACUUGUUGAGAUAUAUACUCUUGAACUCUGCAGUGAAUCUUUCUCCUCCACCCUUCUUUUUUGGCCCGUUUCUUGUCUAUCAUUCCACGUUAAACACAUUCGCAAUGAAGUCUUCAGUCUGUAUUUUAACUGCCGUCAUGGCUACUCUUGCCGUUGCUGCCCCAGCGACAGAGGCUUCAGAUAUAGAAAAGCGUGCUGUUCCAACAGUAUGGUUAGCUGGUGAUUCGACAAUGGCUUUGGGCGGUGGUGGUGGAGUCACACAAGGUAAGUUCAUCUCUGCAGUUUUGAUUGGAAGCAAUUUCUAUAUAAGUUCGCAUCUAAUAGCAUUUAGGAUGGGGUGUCUACCUCCCAUACUCUCUUACUGGUGUCAAAGUUGUCAACAAAGCAAUUGGUGGACGAUCAGUACGCUCCUUUACAGACGAAGAUCGCUUCGAUGCCAUAGCCAAAGAUGUUGUAGCGGGGGACAUCGUUAUCAUGGAAUUUGGACACAAUGAUGGAGGAUCUCUUACCCCAACCGACAACGGGAGAACUGCUUGCGUUGGAGCUGGCUCGGAAACAUGUACAACAGCCGCUGGCAUUGUUGUCCAAACCUACCCAACAUAUCUCACCAACGCCGCCAAAUUAAUGACCGCAAAAGGAGCCAAAGUCAUAAUCUGCUCUCCAACACCAAACAACGUUUGCGAGGGUGGGACUUGUUCUUACAGCGCCCCUAGAUUUACCGAAUAUGGUAGAAUUGCAGUGAAAAAUGUUGGCAGUGCAGCUUCGUUCGUUGACCACGGUCUUUAUGUUGCGAACAGAUAUAUUGCCUUGGGAGCUGCUGCUACCAAUGCUUUUUACCCAACCGACCACACGCAUACUAGUCCUGCUGGAGCAGAUUCGGUCGCUGGUCAGUUCGUCAAGGCUCUAGUGUGUUCCAAAAACCCUUUUUUGGCUGCAUAUGUCAAGAACUCUACCAUUGUUGGAACAUGUGCUUAGAGAUUUAGUCUGGGAGAAGAUGGGAGGAGAUGAGAGAAGAUGGAUGGAGUAGAAAUCCGGCAGACUUCUGCACAUUCUUUAUAUAUAUUUUGGCUGCGUCUUGUUCAUAAGAGUGUUGUACAUAUUUUGUCUUCUGUACUGUACAUACUGGAAUUGAUAUAUAGCAGGAUUUAUAGUGAAUGAGGAUGAAGGCUUAGUAAGCUACGGUGGGAUAUAUGGGUCCCAAUACACUGACGCCCCGGCGUCAGUGGAGAGCUGACUAAGCGCGGGUUUUCACGCCCCCCCACCAUCCACGAACACUCUACUUAUACCUAUAAUUAAUACAUGCUUAACAAAAUAACAUAUAAUAAAUCCUACAAUAUAUAUCGCUCCGAGUCUCGCGCAUACUCCUCCUCAAGUCUAGCCCAUAUAUCCCUACUCCUAUUCUCAGUAUUCCUAUUCCUAUUCCUAAUAAACUCUGAUUCAAGCAUAUUAUACUCAUCUUGCUCCUUCUUUUCCUCGUUAUCUAGCCAUGCUAUAAUCUCCUCAUUUGUCCAGUCAGCUUUAUUUGUAAUAAUAGUACCUGUAAGAUCACGCCGCUCCCUAGGCAUAUAAAAUACCUGCUCUUUUAAAAUUUUCGGCCUUGGUGUUUUCCAUUUUCGGGCCUUGCGAUAUUCUGCUGGCCGUAUAGUAGGAUGCUGGGCUAGCCAGGCUGUUUUUUCAGCUAGGUAGGCCAGAAUUAAGACUUCUGGCCGAUCUGGUGAAAGCUGCUUAGGUACAGUUGGUGCUAGAGAUGCUAAAGGUGCUGAUGCUAGAGGUGCUG